CCAAAAGUUGAGGUUGAGUUGAAUGAGAUUCGCACACGUUUUCUUCAAAACAAACAUUUUAAUUUCGGAAUAAAAGUAAAAAUCGAUUACAGAACAAACAAUGGAAGUUGAGAACACUGAUUUAAAAGAUUUCAAACUGAGACCGAUGAAAUGCGAGUGCAAUUUUCUGAGUAAAUCAGAUGGUUCGGCUAUUCUGUCCCAAGGUCAAACAGUGGCACUGGUGAGUGUGAAUGGUCCGCUAGACAUAAAGAUGACUAAUCAGAGCAUAGAGAAGGCUACACUGGAAGUACUUUUUACCAGUAAAGCUGGCAAGCCAUCAGUUGCUGAUAGAUAUAAGGAGCAUGUGAUCAGACAGACGUGUGAGAGUGCUAUCCUUAGCAGCCUGUACCCAAGGACUGGAAUCACAGUGUCUAUCCAGGAGCUGGAAGACUAUGGAGGUUUCACAGUAUGUUCAAUAAACUGUGCUUGCCUUGCCUUACUGAACGCUGGUGUGGCGAUGCGACACACGUUCGCGGCUGUGGCCUGUGCAGUGGACGAGCGCGGCAACAUACAGCUCGACCCCGACUCCACACAUCUUGAGACAGCUCGCGCCACCAUGAACUUCGUAUUCGAUAGCAGAGAAAAGAGAUUGAUUACUUCUCUAACCAAUGGCAGUUUUAGCGAAGAUGCAUACAAAGAGGCUCUGGAGCGAUGCCGGUCAGCUAGCCAACUGGUGUUUGAUUUCUACAAGGAUAUUGUUAGCAAAUACUCCUAUGUUAUUGGAUAACAUUAUUAAACUAUUUUAUGUUGC